CGGUAAAACGGGCCGGCCGGGAAUUUUUCUAAUUUGGUUCUACGAUGACAUCUGAGAUAGAUCGAGUUAAAUUGUAUCUGAUGCUGGCGUGUUUUGGUGUUUUUGUUGCAACAGUUUCUUCUGGAAGAAGGUCGUGCAGCCAGAGAAAGGUGACUGUCACAGUUCAGACUUUUUAUGAGAAAUGUGUUGAAAAAGGUUAUAAAUCCAAGUUAGGGUGCAGUUCCAAUUCAAUACAGAAGAGCAAAGUUCCAAAAAGAAGUUGCAAGAAAAUGGAAUCACGAUUAAGAAAAUGCAAAUUUUCUUGUCCGAAAGGUUCCGACGAAAAAGGUUUCGUGAAUAAAAAAGCUACUAAGAAAAACUGCACGAACAAAAACCGCAUGAAGAAAAACCGAGCGCCGAAAUUAUCUAUAGCCAGAAACUUCGAGUUUGAAAUCCGUCCGGUAAAUGGAGAAUGGUCUGGAUUUGGAAGUUGGUCUUCCUGUUCGGAUACAUGCGGCGGAGGAACUAAGACCAGAAACAGGACUUGUACAAAUCCGAUACCAGCUUUCGGCGGAAGAAACUGCGUUGGACAUGAUUCACAAACUCAGGACUGUAAAACCACUCCAUGUUCAUUAAAUGGAGGCUGGAGUGGCUUUGGAAGUUGGUCUGCAUGCUCAAAAGAAUGUGAUGUAGGAAAACAAAUUAGAACUAGAAACUGCACAAACCCUAUCCCGGCUUAUGGGGGUGAACACUGUUUUGGAUCCAGUUCAGAAAACCAACCAUGUAAUAGCAACCCGUGCCCAGUUGAUGGGGGCUGGUCGGAGUUUGGAAGUUGGUUCAACUGUUCAGAGUCAUGUGGAGGAGGAUCUCAGAACAGAUCAAGAACUUGUACAAAUCCGAUACCGGCACAUAAGGGAAGAAACUGCGUCGGAACUGCUACACAAAUCAAAACUUGCAACAACAGACCUUGCUCGAUCGAUGGCGAAUGGGCUGAAUUUGGGAGUUGGUCCAUAUGUUCAAAACCAUGCGGAGAAGGGAAACAGAUCAGGAAUAGAACUUGUACAAAUCCUGCUCCUGAUCAUGGUGGAAAGCAAUGUCCGGGACCCAUAUUACAAUCACAAAUCUGCAACAGCAAGCCUUGUCCAGUGAAUGGAGAAUGGUCUACAUUUGGGAUUUGGUCGAGAUGUUCGAAGACUUGUGGUGGAGGAAAUCAGACAAGAUCCAGGAACUGCUCCAAUCCUACCCCGGCCUUCGGAGGAAAAGACUGUACUGGAGAUUCUAUUCAAAUUCAAGAUUGCAACACCAAUCCUUGUCCAUUAAAUGGAGGCUGGAGUGGAUUUGAAAGUUGGUCUGCAUGCUCAAAAGAAUGUGGUGGAGGAGCCCAAAUCAGAACUAGAAACUGCACAAACCCUAUCCCAGCUUAUGGGGGUGAACACUGUUUUGGAUCCAGUUCAGAAAACCAACCAUGUAAUAGCAACCCGUGCCCAGUUGAUGGGGGCUGGUCGGAGUUUGGAAGUUGGUUCAACUGUUCAGAGUCAUGUGGAGGAGGAUCUCAGAACAGAUCAAGAACUUGUACAAAUCCGAUACCGGCAUAUAAGGGAAGAAACUGCGUCGGAACUGCUACACAAAUCAAAACUUGCAACAACAGACCUUGCUCGAUCGAUGGCGAAUGGGCUGAAUUUGGGAGUUGGUCCAUAUGUUCAAAACCAUGCGGAGAAGGGAAACAGAUCAGGAAUAGAACUUGUACAAAUCCUGCUCCUGAUCAUGGUGGAAAGCAAUGUCCGGGACCCAUAUUGCAAUCACAAAUAUGCAACAGCAAGCCUUGUCAAGUGAAUGGAGAUUGGUCUACAUUUGGGAUUUGGUCGAGAUGUUCGAAGACUUGUGGUGGAGGAAAUCAGACAAGAUCCAGGAACUGCUCCAAUCCUACCCCGGCCUUCGGAGGAAAAGACUGUACUGGAGAUUCUAUUCAAACUCAAGAUUGCAACACCAAUCCUUGUCCAUUAAAUGGAGGCUGGAGUGGAUUUGAAAGUUGGUCUGCAUGCUCAAAAGAAUGUGGUGGAGGAGCCAAAAUCAGAACUAGAAACUGCGCAAACCCUAUCCCAGCUUAUGGAGGCAUAAAAUGUCCUGGAACUGGCUCAGAAAGUCAGGUAUGUAAUAACAAUCCAUGUCCCCGAGAUGGAGCCUGGUCUGACUUUGGGAGUUGGUCUAGAUGCUCAAAAACCUGUGGCAGAGGUAUACAGAUCGGAAGAAGGUCAUGUUCAAACCCUUCACCAGCUAGUGGAGGAACAUAUUGUGUCGGAAGUGCUACGAAUACACAAGCCUGUAAUGUGCAAGCUUGCCCAAGAAAUGGAGGUUGGGGUGGAUUCGGGAGUUGGUCUAAAUGCUCAAAGGUUUGUGGCAGAGGAAUACAGACGAGAAGAAGGUCCUGUUCGAAUCCUUAUCCCGGUUAUGGUGGGAGAUAUUGUGUUGGAAGUUAUAAAUACACACAGCUCUGCAAUACGCAGCCUUGUCCAAGAAACGGAGGGUGGAGUGGAUUUGGUAGUUGGUCCAAAUGUACAAAGACAUGUGGUGGGGGGACCCAGACCAAAAUCAGAAGCUGCAAUAAUCCUAGCCCGGCUUAUGGGGGAAAAGGCUGCAUUGGAGCUUCGUCUCAAAAUGAACGCUGCAACACGAAUCCUUGCAAAUCGUCGGGAUCGUCUUAUCUCGAUGCAAUAAGACAGUCUGGUCAGCGUGUUCCCUCAGAGCGUCAGUGGGGGAGUUAUGGGUCUUGGUCGGGGUGUACACGGCAGUGUGGGAGUGGGACACAGUCUCGGAGGAGGGCGUGUCUGAACCCCUCCAGGAGAUGUGAAGGAUCGGGGUAUCAGUUUAGAAUAUGCAACACUCAUCUCUGUACAGUUAAGAAGCCAGUCUCUAACUCCUGGUCUGAUCACCUGAACUCAAUAAAAGGACGCAAGCCUUCAGGCUAUCAACCAGGCUAUAAACCUCCAGCAAAAUCCAAGUUUUCAUUCGGGGAACAAGAGUAAUUUGGCAGUUCUAAUAAUUAUAACAUCGACCCUAGUUAUUGAACCGUAAACCAAGCAGACCCUGUAGAUUUCUGAA